AUGCUGAAUGGCAAUAUACCUUCAAGCUUGGGAAUUAGUCUGUCUACACUUUCAUUGUUAAAUUUGGCAAACAACCAAUUUAAUGGAACAAUCCCUCCCAAUUUGGGAAAUUGUGUUCUUUUUGAGGUAUUAAAUCUGGGAAGUAAUAGUUUGGAAGGAAGCAUACCCCAAGAAUUUGAUAAACUAAUGGUCCUCAGGUCCUUGGUAUUCAAGGAUAAUAAGUUAAAUGGAUUGUUCCCUAGUUCAAUAUUGUUUCCUAGUUCACCAUUGUUUCCUGGUCUAGUUCUUUUAGGAAUAAGAGUUCUUGAUAUUGGACAUAAUUUAUUACAAGGUCAGAUUUCAAAGUCAAUUGUGAAUCUUUCGUACUUACAAGCGUUGGUAUUGAAGGGGAUUUUCUUUAGUGGUAGCAUUCCUCCAGAAAUUGGUCAAUUGAAGAAGCUCCAGAUCUUAGACCUUUCUUGCAACAACAUAUCGGGCCUUAUUCCCUCCACCAUUGUAUCUUUGCAAGCAAUGUCUAUAGCAACAGAAGACGGAAAUAUUAUGUAUCAAAACAAGGUAUUUUAUGGUCAAUAUGGCAGGGUUUUAUAUCAUGAUACAUUGAAUAUGUCUUCUAAAGGUACAGAACUACAGUACUACUCAUAUAUUCUUUCCACACUCACUGGCAUAGAUCUCUCCAACAAUCAAUUGAAUGGAGUUGUUCCUCUUGAGAUUGGAAAGUUGAAGGGCUUGAAGUUUCUGAAUCUAUCCAUGAACAAUCCCAGUGGAAUUAUUCCACAUAAUUUGGGGGAUAUGAGUCAACGUGAAUCGUUGGACCUUUCUUCAAACAAACUUUCAAGACAAAUUCCAUCGGAGCUUCAAUCUCUGAACUAUUGGGCAUGUUUAUAUUUGUCCAAUAAUGAUCUUUCUGGAAGUAUACCGCAAGGAGGACAGAUGAUCACAUUUGAAAAUACAUCAUAUUCUGGAAAUCCAAAUUUGCAGGGAUGCCCACUUCCAAAGAAUCGCUCUUGGCCGAAAUUCGCAACUCCUCCUCCUGUAAGUGAUGGUGAACAUAAAGAUUAA